AAGUUAUCUGCCCGAUAAAUUAAUAUUAGUAUAUUUAUAUUAAAUUCAGUUGACUGUUAUAACAGAAUAAACCAAAAAGACUGUGAUCAGGGUUUUACAUCACUUUGACAGGAUUUAUUUUGCGAUAACAACUGCUUAUUACAAAGCUAUACUAAUAAUUAUAAUAUUUAUUUACAUUUUCUAAAAACCUUUGUAUGAGAUUUGAUUAUUUACUAAAAGAUAUAUUUCAAAAUACAUAUUGAUUAUUAUAAGUUUAAGAAGUUUAAAUGUCAAAAUGUAGACAAGACAAAAACAGUAAGAUCGAUUAAGUGGUCAGUAGGUAUGUUUUUCUAAAGCUAUAGUGGUAAUUGUUUUUAUGCCUGUGCUAAACCGCAAUUUCUUGAAAACCACAAUUUAUUUGUUAAACUAUUAAAGCAAAGGUUUGAAAAAAGUUAGCAGUUGGAAAAAUAAGGAUAAGAGAUUUAAAACUUUUUUUAUGUUUCAUUUUUCCCCCGCAUGGGAAAAACUACAGUAAAUAUCCUCUAUGUACAAUGGUAUUUAUGUAGUAUGGAUGAAUAUUUGUCUCACAUUGUGAAAGAAACAACAGUUUUGAGAAUAUGCUUUUACACUUUCAACAUCCAGUUUAUGUUCCAACCAAGCAGAUCAAAUGAAGAUAGCUGAUCAUCCUGGAGACGGACUACUUUGCAAGACGGUGCGAGAUACCUCAGGUUAUUUGAUCUCAUCGCAAAGGACAACACAACCACAGUAAACGAACAUAACCUCGUUCACCUUUGUUCUUUCUCCCCCUCUUUCUUCCCUUCAAACAUUCUCCUCUCCACCAAGAUCACUCAGAAAGAUCAUUACUGAUUACUAAGUUCUGUGUCACUGCAAUUGAUGUCUGGUAUCAUUUGAAAUAUUUCAGCGUGACUUGUGUUGCGUACUCAUCACCUCAGAUAUAGGUUAAUAAGGAUAACAACAACAGAGAUUUGUGAAAGCCACUGCAGGGGGGGUGUCUUCUUUUAGGGUUGUUCAUUUAAAUGACCUCCUGUUUCCCACAGGCUCUCCAGAUCCACUGAUCAACCUCAAUGCAAAUGCCCAUUGUUAUUCUGAGUGUCAACACUUGUGGGAUAAUCUGUCUGGCUCUUUAAGGAAAGUGUAAAUGGCUCAGGGUGAUUCUGUUGUCAGAUCAUCAGCUCGUCGGGUGGAGUACACUUUCUGAAUGUUCAGGGUUCCCACUUGUCCUGGAAAACAGCGAAAUUUAGAGCAGUAUUUCCCAACCCUGUUCAUUGAGGCACAACAGUACAAAUUUGGGAUGUCUCCCUUAUCUGACCCAUUAACUUCAGGUUUUGGAGUCUCUUCCUAGUUUUGCUGAGUUGAUUAAGGUGUGUUUGAUUACGGAGAGGUUGGAAAUACUGUUUAUGUGCCUUUAGGAACAAUGUUUGGGAAAUACUGAUUUGGAUGUUUGUUUUCUGGUGACGGAAAUUAUUGAUUAAAAAUGACCCAAUUGUCCUGGAAAAAAUCCUUUAUCCUGGAUUUCUUCCUGAAUUUUGAAGUUUAUAACAACUAACUAUUUGUAAGGCUAGAUAUGAUGACAGACCUCUAUUGUGCAAUGGCAAUAUGAUCCUCAUUUUUGACCAACUCCUUUUACAAAGUACAUGAAAAAGCUUAUGGAAAUGUCCCAGAAUUAUCCUGGAAAAUUAUUUCUUAAAGAGAGUGGAAAUCCUGAUCUUAAACUCUUUUGUGGUUAAACUCUAUUAUUAAAACAAUUUUAAGUUUACUUCUUCAUAUAAACAACGUAAUGAGAAAUUUGAUAAAUAACAAAACCAUCAAUUUAGUACAUGACUUCUGUUUUACUUGUAUAUGAAGAUCUGCUCUUUCUGCCUCAGUGAAGCUCCUCCCACAGCAGUGAAGCUCCUCCCACAACACUUAAUCUUCAGCGAAAGUCCUCCCACAGCAAUUCACCAAUACCUGCUGUAUAAUCCCCAUCAGUCUUCAAGUGAAGGAGUCAAAAGGAACAGCGAGGACAUGAGCGAUCCACAACAUUGCAGAAUGGAGCAGGAAGAUGCUGAAGAACAGAGAGAGCUGAUGGAAGAGAACAAUGACAAACAGACAGAAGCUGAGGAAAAUCAUCCCAUCAAAGAUGGAGGAAAAUCUUCCCCACAAGCUGAAAGUAAUGCUAUAUUAACAAGAAGAGCCAAGCCUGUCACAAGUCACAAGUCUCAGACUGGAAAGAGAUUCUCAUUCAAACCAAGUUUUAAGCAACACAGAAGAGUUCGUGGUCGAGGGAAUGAGUGUGGAAAGAGUUUCUCACAAAAGAGUCAAACCCUCCCUGGAGAGAAGCCGCACACUUGUGAGCAAUGCGGGAAGAGUUUCACAACAAAAGAUACGCUUAUAAGACACAAGACGAUCCACACUGGAGAGAAACUGCACACGUGUGAUCAGUGCGGGAAGAGUUUUAGAGAAAAACGUAAUUUACGUAACCACAUGAAGACCCACACAGAAGAGAAACCGCAUGAAUGCGAUCAAUGCGGGAAGUGUUUUAGAAACAAAGUAUCCCUUGAUGAACACAGGAACGUCCACACCAGAGAGAACCUGCACACGUGUGAUCAGUGCGGGAAGAGUUUCAUAAAUAAAUUAUCGUUUAAGAGACACAUGGAAAUCCACACCGGAGCGAAAACGCAUGUAUGUGAUCAGUGCGGGAAGAGUUUCACACACAAAGGAACGUAUGAUAGACACAUGAGAAUCCACACCGGAGAGAAGCCGUACACGUGUGAUCAGUGCGGGAAGAGUUUUAGGCAAAACCUUGGUCGUCACAUGAAAAUCCACUAUGGAGAUCAGCGUGGGGUGAGCUUUGCACAAAAACAACCUCGUAAAUGUCGUACUAAAAUCCACGCUGAAAAGAAACUGCACACAUGUGAUCAGUGCGGGAAGAGUUUUGCACAAAAAUGUCGAUUCAGGGAACAUAUGAAUAUCCAUACAGGAGAGAAACCGUUCACAUGUGAUCAGUGCGGGAAGAAGUUUUAUGGAAAACAAAAUCUCAAGAAACACAUGAAUAUCCAUACAGGAGAGAAACCAUUCACAUGUGAUCAGUGCGACAGGAGGUUUGAUGGAAAACGAAAACUCGACAAACAUAUGAAUAUCCAUACAGGAGAGAAACCGUACACUUGUGAUCAGUGCGGGAAGAGUUUUAUCAGCAAACAAACCCUUAAAGCACACAAUAUAAUCCACACUGGAGAGAAGCCGCACGCAUGCGGUCAGUGUGGGAAGAGUUUUCCGUACAAACAAAGUCUUAUCGCACACAUGAAUAUCCACACUGGAGAGAAGCCGUACGCGUGCGUUCAGUGUGGGAGGAGCUUUAGACAAAAAGGAGCCCUUCAUGUGCACAUGAAAAGGCACACCGGAGAGAAGCCGCACACAUGUGAUCACUGCGAGAAGAGAUUUGUAUAUAAAUCUCAAUUGAGUCAACACAUGAACAUCCACACAAGAGAGAAACUGUAUGCAUGUAUUCAGUGUGAGAAGAGUUUCACACUAAAAAAAAACCUUCUCUGUCACAUCAAAACACACACUGGAGAGAAUCUGCACACGUGUGACCAGUGCGGGAAGAAGUUCUUACUAAAGCUUUCCCUUAUUAAUCAUCAGUGCGGGAUGACUUUAGCAAUGACGUCGGGACUGGAAUGUCACACGGCAAUCCACACCGUAGAGAAGCCAUUCACUUGUGAUUUUUGCAAGAAGACAUUCGCAGCACAAUCAGUCCUUAAGGAGCACAGGAUGGUCCACACAGGAGAGAAGCCGCACACGUGCGAUCAGUGCGGGAGGAGUUUUCGCGUCAAACAAACCCUUCAAGACCACAUGAAAAUCCACACUGGUGAGAAGCCGCACGCGUGCGAUCAGUGCGGGAAGAGUUUUCGCUUGAAACAAUUCCUUCAAGACCACAUGAAAAUCCACACCGGCGAGAAGACGCACUCGUGUGAUCAGUGCGGGAGGAGUUUCAGACAGGCUGUUAGUCUCAGAUUGCAUUUGCGCGUUCAUUCCGGAGAAAGACCAUUUCACUGUCAUCACUGUGGAAAAUCCUAUGUUUCAUCAUCACACCUGACGACCCACCUGAGAGUUCACACGAAGGAGAAGCCUUACGCGUGCUCUUUGUGUGACAAGAGGUUUCGCCUGACGUACGCUUUAAAAGUACACCAGAGGAGGCACAGCGGUGUGAAGAAUUAUAUGUGCUUUGAUUGUGAGAUGUCGUUUUUCAGUGCGUCCGAACUGUGGAAGCAUCAGAAGGUUCACACUGUGGGAAAAGCGUACAAGUGUUCACACUGUGAUAAAAGAUUCAGUCAAAAUAGUAGUCUGAAGAAUCAUGAAAACAGGAUUCACAAUAAAGAGAAAGAGCAGAGCGUCUAAACAUAGUCGUCAUGGCUAAAACGUGGCUAAAUUUGGGCGGUCAGUGAAAAUCUAAUACACAAAAAUAUGAACUUUCUCUAUUGUUAGUUUUACUAGACCCACGCCUGUUCACAUUACAUAAAACUAAUGGGGGGCAAUGGAGGUAGCGGUGUGCGAAUUGAAAAGCGGGGAGCGGGUAUGGGGAUAGUUGCGUGUUGGGUUUGGUGCGCAUGGGAGUCGUACCAAAAAGUUGAAGAGUGGGGGGGUCUGGGUGGAAUUCCGGUAGUUUUUCGAAAGACAGAACAAUAUGGAAGAUGGGUCUGAAAUACGGGAGACUCCCGGGAAAAACAGAAGUUUUGGCAGGUAUAAUAUAAGGGGAUCCAAGAUCAGUUAGGUCUCAAGAGCCUCUCUUAGAAAAGGAGGAGAUGGGGUGGAAGGGGGGAUUCGUCCACAACGACGAUAGCAGUAGGAAGAAAACGAUCCAUUUAAAGUAAGCUUGGAUUACUCUGAUUGGAUUAUUACUGAUUACAGAGGAGAAGCCAGUCAUGCUCGAUCAUAUCACGUGCUCCUCUCGAACUUUGUUUGUAAAACUUCACUUAAAGUAUUUCUGCAGAAAUUUUAUACUGUAAGCUUUAUGUAAUAAGGGUUUGACUGGCCAAUUUAACAUUGUUUGUACUCUUCUUUUGGGAGUCAUGUACAGUUUUAAUCUCAGUUGUCCUUCAGAUCUGAAGUACACUUUUAAGUUUUUCCAGAAAGUUUUGCUGGGACUUGACACACAAAAACUGUUACAGAAAAUGAUCUAGAACAAACUUGUUGGUUGAAUUAAUCCGGACAAAUACUAAUAAAAACCCGAAAUGAAGAUGUUUUGUUGUUAUCUUUGUGGCAUUUAAUUGGUUUCUGGUUUCAAAAUUAGGUGCCAGUUUUAAUUUUGUCUUUGUUGAUGGCACCAACAUUUUAAAGGGAGUUCUGCAGCUUUAACAGAAGUUAUUUGUGGGUAUUUACAAAGGAUAGAGGUCAGUUUCAAUCUUUUAUUUACCAAUGGCUCAAAUGAUUUGGCAUAUCAAAAAUUUAGCAUGAGCAUUUUGUGACAUGCUGCCUGUUUUAAACUUUCCUUUUAUUUUAUUAAUGUAAAAUUGAUUACAAUAUUUGAAAGCAGUUGCACAUAGUAAAAUUACAACAUUUUGGUCCAAAAUAAACAUUCUUAAGGUUUUUUUUUGUCUUUUUGAAACAAACUCUUUUUUUGUAAAUGUUUUGAAAAAUAUAGGCCAGUAGUAAUGUUUUUUGGCAAUAGCUUAAUCAUUUUAAAAUAUAAGAUAUUGUUUGAAGUAAAAUUUGUAUUGUAAUAUUUGAAGGAAGUUGCACAUUGUAAAAAUAUUCACUAUUGACCAAAAUGUUGUUUUUACUUUUUUUCUUUUGAAACAAACUGCUAUUUUAGAUUAUUACCAUUUCUUAAAGUCAGUUGCAUUAUAAAAGAACCCGAAAGAAUGUUUACUGUUCAUUUUUUUAAUGUUUUUUUUACCUGUGAAAUUGAAAUUCUUUUAUGUGUUCAGCAGUUGUAUAUUGCAAAACCUUGCAUAGAAAAUAAAUUCAUCUUGUUUCAAAAAAA